GCUACAGCCGCAAUGUCUAAACGCGCCCAAGCUUCGCCAUCAACGUCCCAGCCCUUGAAGCGAACAAAAUUCGCUUCAGAUCAGUCAUCGUUGAAGACUUUUUUCGGUUCUUCUCAAAGGUCUAUCCUUCCGCCUAAUUCUGGGGCAGAGAAGGGAAGGAACAGUGUCCCAGAACCUGUACGGAAACAACUGAACACAAAGAAGAUUGCUACACCAGAUAUCAUUGACCUAACUUCAGAUUCUGAACCUACGCUCAGAGAUUGUGGAUCUGAAAAUGGUCUUUCUCAGGUUCAGGUUCAGGCUGCCGCAGCUCCUCAAGUCGGCGAUGUUGGUGGUUCGUCAGGGGUCAUCCUACCUAGUAGAUCUAAUAGGCCUCCAAGGCGCCUUCCCAUGAAAAAUGACAUCGCACCCUUGCCAAAUUAUCAGCCACUAGGAGUCGACCCUUUUGUUUAUGAUGUCCAGGAAAGUCCCUGGCCAGCCAAUGAGCCAGCACCAUAUUCAUUCCUCGUUCAUGCUCUCGCCACGCUAUCGGGAACACGAUCUAGGACAAUCAUUCUCAACACGCUUACCAACACACUGAGGUCUUUACUCAAUUGGCAUCGGCCAUCCCUACUACCAUCGCUAUACCUCCUUUCCAAUUGCCUGUCUCCUCCGUACUCUCCGGUCGAGCUAGGCAUUGGCUCCUCAGUUAUAUCCAAGGCAAUUCAACAUAUCUCCGGCCUGACCUCCUCUGCACUUAGGCGGCUCUACAAUUCAUUCGGCGACCCCGGUGAUGUUGCAUUUGAAGCAAAGUCAAAUGUUCGCACCUUAGUGCCUCACCCUCCACUAAUGAUCGUGGCUGUGUACGAUUACUUAUUGAAAAUUGCCAACUCUAAGGGACAAGGCGCAGCCAAACAGAAGCAAACCGUCGUCGAGAAACUCCUUGUGGCGGCUAAAGGAGAAGAGUCGCGCUACCUUGUCCGUACCUUAUCGCUGAAUCUACGCGUCGGAGCGGUCAGGACCUCCAUCCUGACUGCACUGGCAAGAGCGUUGGUUUUGACAUCGCAAACUAGUUUGGGAGGUCCUGAUUGCGAUCAUUCGCUAUACCAUGCCACUUCACAAUCAAUUUCCUCGGCUCAACGUGAGAAACUUCAUGAGAAAUUCAUCCAGGCUGAAGCGUUGGUUAAAAAAGUGUUUGUUCAACAUCCGAAUUAUGAGCACAUCGUAGCUGGUCUCUUCAAGGGUGGAUUGGAUAGUCUUGACCUACAUGUCCCUUUGACUGUCGGAAUCCCCUUGCAUCCGACUCUGGGCUCUCCCACUCGGUCAUUGGAUGAAAUAUACGAUCGUUUGGGAGAUCUCCCCUUUGCGGCGGAAUUCAAGUAUGAUGGUCAACGCGCUCAGAUUCAUGGGGUACGAGGAGUGAAUAGCGGCAAUCCGUCCGUUCAUAUUUUCUCCCGUCAUCUAGAAGAUAUGACCACUAAGUAUCCCGACAUCGUUCACCUUGUUAAAUGCAUUUUCCAACAGCAGCCGCAGCUGCAAUCUUUUAUUAUCGACUCUGAGAUUGUUGCCAUAGAUCCAUCUGACGGCGGCCUGAAGUCCUUCCAAGAGCUCUCGAACAGGGCAAGGAAGGGUGUGGAAAUGAGCGAUAUCAAAGUUUCUGUUUGUGUGUAUGCCUUCGAUCUGAUGUAUAUAGACGGUGAGGUCUUACUUGCACAGCCCUUUCGAGAGAGGCGCUCGCUACUGAGGUCUCGUUUUCCACCUUUCGUACCAAGCGACAAGGGAGCGCGUCUUGACCACGUUGAAAGCUGUGAGAGCGAUGCUGGCAAAGAUGCUAUCGAGGAGUUUUGGCAGAAAGCUAUAGAGAGCCGCUCUGAGGGUCUCAUGAUCAAGCUGUUAAGUAGUGACACUCGACAAGAAGAUGGAAUGCGAAAAGGAAACGGAAAACGGAAACUUUUGUCCGCGACUUACGAACCCGAUAAACGAACAUCUGCUUGGUUGAAGCUGAAAAAGGACUACGUCGUGGGUCUCGGGGAUACCCUCGAUAUGGUUCCUAUUGGAGCGUGGCAUGGGAACGGAAGGAAAGCAGGGUGGUGGAGUCCAGUUUUGCUUGCUGUUCGAGAUCCCAGGAAUGAUUGCCUUGUUGCCGUUUGCAAGUGUAUCUCCGGAUUUUCUGACUCGUUUUACAAAGAGAUGGUCGCGUAUUACUCAGAGGGGUCCGAUAAUUGCUCCAGACAACCCCUCUGGGAAACUGAUACAGGAGGCUUCAGGCCCGACGUUUACUUCAGGCCCCAUAAGGUGUGGGAGAUACGAGGGGCAGAUAUCACUUUGAGCCCUGUAUCUCUAGCAGCAUUGGGCUUAGUUUCCUCCUCGAGAGGCCUCAGUCUGAGGUUCCCGCGAUUUAUCAAGACCCGAGAUGAUAAACUGCCAGAGCAAGCCAGCACUACAGAUUUUCUGGCUCAGAUAUGGAAAGACCAACAGGGGCAAUCCAAGGCCACUGCGGGGAACGCUGAUGAUGGCGAUUUAGUCGAUAUAGAGCCAGAUUCAGAGGGAGUCGCCGGAGGAGCAGACGAGUCGGAUGGUUGACUCCGAACCUUAAAGGUUUAGGUUAACAUUCACUUUUUGGUCAGGCUUUUGGGUAAUCCCACUUGCAAGACUUCGCACCACACAUUAGAUCUACAAACAGAGAGAGUAUAUACGGGGCAAACCCCAAACACCGUAUAGUACUAAUACUAUCCAACACUGGAACAAUAAAAAAUAAAUCAGGAUCCAGAAGAAAGUAACCUUGGCACCAU